AUGGACGGCCAGGAGGCAAAACCCUCCAAUGAAGACGUGGGUGGUAACGCAGGAGAAUACAUUAAACUAAAAGUCAUUGGACAGGAUAACAGCGAGGUACACUUCAGAGUGAAAAUGACAACCCGUAUGAAGAAACUCAAAGAAUUCUACUGUCAAAGACAGGGAGUUCCAGUGCAUACACUUCGAUUUCUGUUUGAUGGUCAGAGAAUUGCUGAUAAUCACACCGCCAAAGAACUGGCAAUGGAGGAAGAUAAUGUGAUUGAAGUUUAUCACGAACAAAUCGGCGGUCAUUCAAUGAUCUAG